AUGACGAGUACUAGCAGCCUAUUCCCUGUAGCGGUCAAGUCUCUAGGUAUUACCGCUGGUCUUCUAGUGUUGCUGUUUCAGUAUCUGAUGGGUCAGCUUCACAUUCAAGCCAUUGAAAUGAAACACAUGGAUCCGACUGACAUUGUCUUGGUUCCGUUGGAACUGGAUCGACUGACGGUCUAUGUGGCGGUUGUAUCGGUCGCCAGUUGGGUAUCCGCCAUGACAAACGGUGGAACAUUGCUUAGUUUAUUGAUCCAUUGGAUAUCUGCCGCAUCUGCCUUUUUUGCCAUUGCCAUUGUGUGCGGAGCCAGUCCCACAGAGCACUUGUAUCAUACCGAGUUGGCGUGUCUCUACAUAUCCUCUCUCGCGAUCCUUCUUACCACCACAAAUAAUGGAAGUAGCACUGCCAUCUCACCGGGGGUAUCCUGGUGGGAAUCCAGAUUGGCUCUACCCUUGCUUGCUACCAAAAAGACUCACGACGAAUCUGCCAUGGUCCACUUCCACCGUCACUUACUGGCCACCUGUCAGACCCACGCUUUGCUAUUUGUCACCAUCCCCUUUCAAAUACUACGAUUGUACGAUUGGGGCAGUCAAAUUCAACGGUGGCCUCUUCCCAUCAUGCUGGGGAGUACCUACGGAUUUGUCCUGGGGACCAUCGGGGGAUGGAUGGGGAUCCUGGCACUCCAAUGCAGUCCACGUUUGCGGAAUGGGUAUGCCUCUUGGACCAGCACCACCAUCAGGUCCACCACAGUCGACAACAAUAAGAGACUGGAUUAG